CCCAAACCGACUUCGAGCCCGAGCCCGGGGCGGGGAGACGCGGACUGGGCUGCCUCGGGAACCCGGGAUCCACAACAGAUCCGGCCCUGCCCGCACCGCCCGGCUCCCUCCGCCACCGCCCCACGGGACCAGAAAAUGUACCCCAGGACCCCCCGACCCUUGCUGCUGCUACCCCUGCUGCUGCUCCUGGUGCUGGGGCCCAGGGUGUGGAGCUGCCCACCCGGCUGCCAGUGCAGCCAGCCACGGACCGUCUUCUGUGCCGCCCGCAAAGGCCCCACAGUGCCCAGCAACCUGCCACCUGACACGGCCGGCCUGUACAUCUUUGAGAAUGGCAUCACCACACUUGAUGCAGACAGCUUUGCCAGCCUGCCCAACCUGCAGCUGCUGGACUUGUCACAGAACCGGAUUGCCAGCCUGCCUGGUGGGGUAUUCCAGCCUCUUGCCAACCUGAGCAAUCUGGACCUCAGUGCCAACCAGCUCCGCGAGAUCACCAAUGAGACCUUCCGUGGCCUUCGGUGCCUCGAGCGCCUCUACCUGGGCAAGAAUCGCAUCCACCACAUCGAACCAGGGGCCUUUGAUGCGCUGGACCACCUCCUGGAGCUCAAGCUGCAGGACAACGAACUGUGGGCGCUGCCUCCACUGCACCUGCCACGCCUGCUGUUGCUCGACCUCAGCCACAACAGCCUGCCAGAGCUGGAGCCUGGUGCCCUGGACACUGCCAACCUGGAGGCGCUGCGGUUGGCUGGCCUGGGGCUGCAGCAGCUGGACGAGGGGCUCCUGGGCCCCUUGAGCAACCUGCACGACCUGGAUGUGUCUGACAACCAGCUGGAGCAAGUGCCACCCGCCAUCCGUGUCCUGCGGGGCCUGACACGCCUGCGGCUGGCUGGCAACCCCCGCAUCGCCCAGCUGCGGCCCGAGGACCUGGCCGGCCUGGCAGCCCUGCAGGAGCUGGACCUCAGCAACCUGAGCCUCCAGGCCCUGCCCCCCGACCUCCCCAGCCUCUUUCCCCGCCUGCGGCUCCUGGCUGCCGCCCGCAACCCCUUCAACUGCGUGUGCCCCCUGAGCUGGUUCAGCCAGUGGGUGCGUGAGAGCCGAGUCAUGCUGGCCAGCCCUGAGGAGACGCGCUGUCACUUCCCACCCAAGAAUGCCGGCCAGCUCCUCCUGCAGCUCGACUACGCCGACUUUGGCUGCCCGGUCACCACCACCACCACCACAGCGCCCACCACCAGGCCCACCAUAGGGGAGCCAACACCAUCCCCAUCCAGUGCAGCACCCACCUGGCUCAGUCGCACGGAGCUGGUCACCCAGGCACCCAGCCAGGUGCCCACCCCCCUGCCCACCAUGCGGCCUGCCCCCCAUCCCCAGGACUGCCCCGCGUCCACCUGCUUCAACGGCGGUACCUGCCACCUGGGGGCACGGAGCCACCUGGAGUGCCUAUGCCCUGAGGGCUUCACAGGCCUAUACUGCGAGAACUGGGUGAGUCUGGGGACACAGCCUAGCCCUGCACCGGCCACCCCGAUGCCACCGCCACAGCCCCUGCCCCUUGGCGUGGAGCCUGUGAGCCCCACUUCCCUGCGGGUGGGGCUCCAGCGCUACCUACACAGCACAGUGCAGCUCAGGAGCCUCCGCCUCACCUACCGCAACCUCUCAGGCCUGGACAAGCGGCCAGUCACGCUGCGGCUGCCCGCCUGGCUCGCUGAGUACACAGUUACCCAGCUGCAGCCCAAUGCCACCUACUCCAUCUGCGUGAGGGCCCUGGGGGCCGGGCGGGGGUCUGAGGAGGAGGAGGCCUGUGGGGAGGCCCGCACGCCCCCAGCCAUCCGCUCCAACCACGCGCCUGUCACCCAGGCCCGUGAGGGCAACCUGCCUCUGCUCAUCGCGCCCACCCUGGCCGCCGUGCUCCUGGCCGUGCUGGCCGCAGUGGGAAUAGCCUACUGCAUGCGGCGGGGGCGGGCAGUGGCGGCUCAGGGCAAGGGGCAAGUGCGGCCGGGGGCUGGGCCCCUGGAGCUGGAGGGGGUGAAGGCCCCCCUGGAGCCAAGCCCCAAGGUGACCGAAGGUGGUGGAGAGACCCCAGCUGGCGGGCCCGAGUGUGAGGUGCCACUCAUGGGCUACCUGGGGCCCAGCCUCCAGGGGCCCCUUCCCCCUAAGCCCUACGUCUAAACCUGGAAGUGAUGGGACCUGCCAGCGCCUCCCUGCUGCCAGACCACCCAGAAGUCCUCAGUUCCACAGACAGGACCAGCCCUGGCACCAUUCUAAACCUCAGUUUUCUCAUCUAUGAGACCGUGAUGACCUCUACGGUCCCCUCUGAGCCUGAGCACCCUGUCCCAAGGAUGGCCUGUCCCAUCCUCUACAUGUGCAAUCCCCCGGGGCCACGCUGGGCAUGAGCUGGGCCUCCCUGUGUGCUGGUAACACAGGUCGGGGCCGCAAGGCCUCCCCAACCCCGGAGACUCUGGGGGCCAGUGAAGGAGGCCCCCAGAGAGAGCAGAGGGAGAGCAGGGUUGGGACAGGCCCUCGUGGGCCCAGCCUCGGCUCCAGGAGCGAAGGAACAAAAGAAACUGGAAAGAAAGACACUUUAGGAAUAUGUUUUGCUUUUGUUGUUUUGUUUUUUUAAAUAUAUUUAUAAGAGAUCCUUUCCCAUUUACUCUGGGAAAGUGUUUUUCAAACUCAGAGACAAGGACUUGGGUUUUUCUAAGACAAAUGACUACAUGAAGGCCUUUUAUAAAUAAAGAAUAAAAUGGAACAA